CUCUCGGGGAUGAGUCUGGGGGGCAUCCAGCGGGCUGGAGGCACGCGCCGCUGUGGGAAGUGGGGGUGUCAGGGCGAGGGCCGGCGUGCACAUUGCCUUUGGCCGGGAGCGGGCACUGUGAGGGCGCAGCCAAGAACAGCCACCCCCUCCACUCUUUCCUUCCCUCGGGAUGCACAGAAACAGGGGCCAGCCGACCCCUGAUUUCCACCCCCUUCCCUAGCACCUGGGCUCCGAGACCAUGUUGGGCGGGGUCAGGCGGCGGUUGCCCCAGCUUGGAAGGAGCAGCACCUCCCGCCCUCCGGUGUUCCCGCUGCCCCAGAGGAGCUGGCACCAAAUCUCAGGAAACAAUGAAGCCACCUCUGCGGCGCGCAGAGGGCACCCCGGCGAGAUCGGCAUCCAGCCGCGCGCCCUGAUGCGGGCCAGGGAGGCCGCGUGGGGCUUCAGCCGGGCCUCGCCAGUCCAGGCUGUCUGACUCGGCUUCACACCGCAGCGACCCUAGCCCUGCUUGGAGACACCCGGACCUCCCCGGGGCGCCAGCUCCACGGCUCCACCGGGUCCAGAAACAAGCCGGAUUUUUUUUUCUUCCUGGAAAUUGGCUUUGGUGUGUGCUGCCCUACGUCCCUCCUCCCCCUCCCACCCACACUACCCCCCCCUCCCUUUUUUUUGAGACAUGGCCCGGGCAGUGGCUCCUGGAAGAGGAACAAGUGUGGGAAAAGGGAGAGGAAGCCGGAGCUAAAUGACAGGAUGCAGGCGACUUGAGACACAAAAAGAGAAGCGUUCCUCUCGGAUCCAGGCACUGCCUCGCGGUUUUCCUUUCUGCAAGACGGGCUGAGGAUUGUACAGCUCUAGGCGGAGUUGGGGCUCUUCGGAUCGCUUCGAUUCCCCUCUUUGCUGCAUUUCCCUCCACGUCCUCGUUCUCCCGCGUCUGCCUGCGGACCCGGCGAAGGGAGAAUGGAGAGGGGGCUGCCGCUCCUCUGCGCCGCGUUCGCCCUCGCCCUCGCUCCGGCCGGCGCUGUUCGCAACGAUAAAUGUGGCGAUACUAUCAAAAUUGAAAGCCCCGGGUACCUUACGUCUCCUGGUUAUCCUCAUUCUUAUCACCCAAGUGAAAAAUGCGAAUGGCUGAUUCAGGCUCCGGACCCAUACCAGAGAAUCAUGAUCAACUUCAACCCUCACUUCGAUUUGGAGGACAGAGACUGCAAGUAUGACUAUGUGGAAGUCAUCGAUGGAGAAAAUGAAAAUGGACGCUUAUGGGGAAAGUUCUGUGGAAAGAUCGCCCCUCCUCCUGUGGUGUCUUCAGGGCCGUUUCUCUUUAUUAAGUUUGUCUCUGACUAUGAGACACACGGUGCAGGAUUCUCCAUACGUUAUGAAGUUUUCAAGAGAGGUCCUGAAUGUUCCCAGAACUACACAACACCUAGUGGAGUGAUAAAGUCCCCUGGAUUCCCUGUAAAAUAUCCCAAUGGCCUUGAAUGCACUUAUAUUAUCUUUGCACCAAAGAUGUCAGAGAUUAUCCUGGAAUUCGAAAGCUUUGACCUGGAGCCUGACUCAAAUCCCCCAGGGGGGAUAUUCUGUCGCUACGACCGGCUGGAAAUCUGGGAUGGAUUCCCUGAUGUUGGCCCUCACAUUGGGCGUUACUGUGGACAGAAAACGCCAGGUCGAAUCCGUUCCUCGUCGGGCAUUCUAUCCAUGGUUUUUUACACCGACACCGCAAUAGCAAAAGAAGGUUUCUCAGCAAACUACACCGUUUUGCAGAGCAGCAUCUCAGAAGAUUUCAAGUGUAUGGAAGCUCUGGGCAUGGAAUCAGGAGAAAUUCAUUCUGACCAGAUCACAGCUUCCUCCCAGUAUAGCACCAACUGGUCUGCAGAGCGCUCCCGCCUGAACUACCCCGAGAAUGGGUGGACUCCUGGCGAAGAUUCCUACCGAGAGUGGAUACAGGUAGACUUGGGCCUCCUGCGCUUCGUCACGGCCGUCGGAACACAGGGCGCCAUUUCAAAAGAAACCAAGAAGAAAUACUACGUUAAGACUUACAAGAUCGACAUCAGCUCCAACGGGGAAGACUGGAUCAACAUCAAAGAAGGAAAUAAACCUAUUGUCUUUCAAGGAAACACCAACCCCACAGAUGUUGUGGUUGCAGUAUUGCCCAAACCAGUGAUCACUCGAUUUGUCCGGAUCAAGCCUGCAACUUGGGAAACUGGCAUAUCUAUGAGAUUUGAAGUAUAUGGUUGCAAGAUAACAGAUUACCCUUGCUCCGGAAUGCUGGGCAUGGUGUCUGGACUUAUUUCUGACGCCCAGAUCACAUCAUCCAACCAAGGGGACAGAAACUGGUUGCCUGAAAACAGCCGCCUGGUAACUAGUCGCUCCGGCUGGGCACUGCCACCCGCACCUCAUUCCUACAUCAACGAGUGGCUCCAAGUCGACCUGGGAGAGGAGAAGAUCGUGACGGGAAUCAUCAUUCAGGGCUGGAAGCACCGAGAGACCAAGUUGUUCAUGAGGAAGUUCAAGAUCGGGUACAGCAACAACGGCUCGGACUGGAAGAUGAUCAUGGACGACAGCAAACACAAGGCAAAGUCUUUUGAGGGCAACAACAACUAUGACACACCUGAGCUGCGGACUUUUCCAGCUCUUUCCACGCGAUUCGUCAGGAUCUACCCCGAGAGAGCUACUCAUAGCGGACUGGGGCUCAGAAUGGAGCUGCUGGGCUGUGAAAUGGAAGCCCCUACAGCUGGACCAACCACUCCCAACGGGAACCCAGUGGAUGAAUGUGAUGACGACCAGGCCAACUGCCACAGUGGAACAGGUGAUGACUUCCAGCUCACAGGUGGCACCACUGUGCUGACCACAGAAAAGCCCACGGUCAUAGACAGCACCAUACAAUCAGAGUUUCCAGCAUAUGGUUUUAACUGUGAGUUUGGCUGGGGCUCUCACAAGACCUUCUGCCACUGGGAACAUGACAAUCGUGUGCAGCUCAAGUGGAGCGUGUUGACCAGCAAGACAGGACCCAUUCAGGAUCACACAGGAGAUGGCAACUUCAUCUAUUCUCAAGCUGACGAAAAUCAGAAGGGCAAAGUGGCUCGCCUGGUGAGCCCUGUGGUUUAUUCCCAGAACUCCGCCCACUGCAUGACCUUCUGGUAUCACAUGUCUGGGUCCCACGUCGGCACACUCAGGGUCAAACUGCACUACCAGAAGCCAGAGGAGUACGAUCAGCUGGUCUGGAUGGCCAUUGGACACCAAGGUGACCACUGGAAGGAAGGGCGUGUCUUGCUCCACAAGUCUCUGAAACUUUACCAGGUGAUUUUCGAGGGCGAAAUCGGAAAAGGAAACUUUGGUGGGAUUGCUGUGGAUGACAUUAGUAUUAAUAAUCACAUUUCACAAGAAGAUUGUGCAAAACCAGCAGACCUGGAUAAAAAGAACACAGAAAUUAAAAUUGAUGAAACAGGGAGCACACCGGGAUAUGAAGGUGAGGGAGAAGGCGACAAGAACAUCUCCAGGAAGCCAGGCAGUGUGCUGAAGACCUUAGACCCCAUUCUCAUCACUAUCAUAGCUAUGAGCGCCCUGGGGGUCCUCCUGGGGGCCAUCUGUGGGGUUGUGCUGUACUGUGCCUGUUGGCAUAAUGGGAUGUCAGAAAGAAACUUGUCUGCCCUGGAGAACUAUAACUUUGAACUUGUGGAUGGUGUGAAGUUGAAAAAAGACAAACUGAAUACACAGAGUACUUAUUCGGAGGCAUGAAGGUGGACAGAGACGAAAAAAUGAGUCAGAGGAUGAAAGUGGAAGGACGGGAGCGAGCUGGGGAGCUGUUGAUCUUUCACUAUACAGGCUGGGAAGUGUGUUGAUGACCGCUGAGCCAGGCUUUUCUCAGGAGCUUCAAUGAGUAUGGCCAACAGACAUGGACGAGGAGCUGUGUUCACCAUCGGACUCAUGUACAGUCAGCCUUUAUCCUGUUGGUUUCAUUUGAAUAAUCAGAUGCUGGUAUUGAGACCAAGUAUGAUCGUCGCAAUCAUUCAUUUUGACCCCUCCUGCCUCUCUCUCUCUCUCUCUCUCUCUCUCUCUCUCUCUCUCUCUCUCUCUUUCCCCUUUAUGGAUUCUUUUUGGAAACGGUGUGAAAUCCAAGAUGCUGGCACCAAGCAUAUUCCGUGUGGCCCUUUGGAUGGACAUGCUACCUGUAACCCAGUGCCCAGAAUAUACUAGAAUUAUCGCAUUUCAGUGGACUCCUGAAGUUGUGCUCGUGCGUAAUUGCCUGCGUCGUGCAUAGGCAAAGAAGGAUUAGGCUGUUUUCUUUUUAAGAGUACUGUGCCUCAGUACCAGUAUAGUGUGUCAGCUCUGUUUACGAAGCAAUACUGUCCGAUUUUCUUGCUGUUUUUCCAGUGUUGUACUAAACCUCGUGCUUGUGAACUCUGUACAGAAAACGGUGCCAUCCCAGAACACGGCUGGUCACUGGGUGUACCGCUGACAACCACAACCACAAAAACACAAAUCCUUGGCACUGGCUAGUCUCUGUCCUCUCAAGUGCCUUUUUCUUUGUACUGGUUCAUUGUGUUACAUUAACGACCCACUCUGUUUCUUGCUGGUGAAAGCCCUACUCUUUAAUCAAACCCUGGUGGCCCACUGACUAAGAAGAAAGUUUAUUUUCGUGUGAGACGUCAGCCCCCGGGCAGGCAAGGGCUCUGAAGAUUUGGCAACGUGGCUUAAUUGUUCUGCUUUUUCUGUAGUUCAAUUUCAUGUCUCUUGACCCUUUUGUAUAAAGCUGCAAUAUUCUCUCUUAUUGUUCUUUCAUAUGGAAUGUAUUUUCAAAUGUAAACUCUUUUCCCUUUCUCUCUCCUAUCUCUGUCUUUUUUUCUCUCUUCGAAUUGGAGGAUUUGCCAUUGUCCAGAAAAGAAACUUGCAGCUUUAACCUGCUGGGAAUGGCAAACGAUUUUACUAGACUUUAUGUUUAAAAAUAAAUAAAUAAGGGAAAUUCCUAACUUUGCCCUCCAAAGUCUAACUUUGGUUUUCUUGUUAACUGGUUAAAGUGACAGUAUCUUUUUUCCUUAUCUAAUUCUAUUCAAAAUGAUCUCUGAUCGAAAUGUUGACAUUUAGUAGAACUAGUGAGAAGUUGAGGAAGAAAUAACACAAAUUGGCUUUCAAGCGAGACCCAAAGAAAGAACCGGAUAAAAUCUUUCAAAUAUCCAAAAGCAUGAGAUUUUUCUAUCCAAAUAUGCAAAAAUGACCCAAGAGAACCUUCUUGUUUUGCUACUGAGUCAGACAAGGGAAGUGGAAGGAAAAACAGUUAAUUUAAGAACCAAACGAUAAAUCCUGAUGCCCGGAGGUCAAGUAUUUUAAGAUAAGAGGGGGGAAAACAUGUAAAGUCAAAACAAAUGUUUUAAAAAAAAAAUUCGUAACAGCAACCUUGAAAAAAUAGACUUGAAUGAAUGCUUCUAGAAACUUCCAGAGGCUCGCAAAGAAUAAGCCUGCCUUAGGGCUGGCAAGACCUAAGCCUCCAACAGCGCAGGGAGGCAGAUAUCUUACCAAGCCACCUGCGAAUUAACCCAAAGGAGCCUUGGUUGUUUCUGAUGCAUUUUUGUCAUGCCAUGUUGGACACGAGAUUUUUUAGAUCUUCCUCCCUUCCCACAUUGCUGGAUGUCUCACUCAAAUACAUUUGUUGGGAGUCACAUUUGCGUCAUAGAUGGGACCGUCCAUUUAUCUUAGUUAAAUUGCAUUGAGAAUGCUUUUUGUUUCCAGGAAAGUAUUGAUCACCAUGAGAGAAGAAUAGUUUUUUGUCCCCAGUGGCAUUCAUUUAGUUGAUAUAAUCCUACCAGACGGAAAGCACUAAGAAAGCCUUGGGUUUUGUUUAUAAAGGCAACAGACUUAAUGUUGUCCUCGGCCAAGGAAAAACGAUACUGCGACUUUAAAGUAUCUUGCACUGAUAAAUAUAUUUAAAAAUUAUAUGUUUAUAAAGUUAUUAAUUUGUAAAGGCAGUGUUACAAAAUGUUCAGUUUAUAUUGUUUUAGAUUGUUUUGUAAUUUUUAAAGGUGUAAAAUAGCAUAUUUUUUCUUUAUGGAAAUCUAUAAAACUUUCUGUAGUAAAAUGUUUUCAUUUUACUGGUAUAUUAUUGCUUCAUGUUUUGUACCAUCGUAAGAUUUUGUGCAGAUUUUUUUUACAGAAAUUAUUAUUUUCUAUGACAAUAUGACACUUGUAAAUUGUUGUUUCAGAAUGAACAGCGAAGCCUUAACUUUAAAUGACAUUUGUAUUCUCAGACACUGAGUAGCAUUAAAAACCACAUAGAACUGAACUGUAACUUAAAUUCCAAACUAUGACUACUACAUUCCAAAGAAACAGUUGAAUUAAACAUUUUCAUAAAA